AUGCAGGUUGAUUACAAACACCUUGAGGUAUGGCUUCAUGGAAAAUUAAAACCUCUAUGUGUCGCAGAUCCCAUCCCACUCUCCCAGUAUGUGAUAGCUCUGAUAAAAAAAGACAAGGGCGAACAGGAGCUAAGAGAAAUAUGCAUUGACCAGUUAGAAGUAUUCUUGCAAGAAAACACGGCAAAGUUUGUAGAAGAUUUAUUCGCCGUGCUUAAAUCAAGAACAUAUGUUCCUUGUGAAACGUUGAAAGCAACUCAGAAAUCUUCAGAUAACUCUGGCCCAAAAGAUUUGCCUUCUGGAAAAAACUCCUAUGGAAACAAUUCUUUCGAUAAUGCAUCAAAAGACAGGAAGAGACAUUUGACUAACAGUAGCACUAACGUUUCAAAUACCGUGGAUGGUUCUGCUCCCAAGCAGAAACGAAAACGUUCUCCGGAGACCAAAGCAAAAAGAAUCUCGUCAGGAAGUCGUUCACACAGUCCCCAUUCCCCAGGACGACCGAUAAAUAGUACAGUUGCAACUAUUAGGCAACAUGGAAAGGAAUUUGAACCACAUAGCGAUCCCUGCAAUCGUGGGCGUCAUAACAAUCACUCAGAAGAGUCCAGCAUAAAAACAGUGGAUGAUCAUAUCAGACUUAAUUCAUCAGGUAGUUCAAAUGAAGGAGUUACUCAUUCAAGUACAAAUUCAUCGCGUCGAAAUAAGUAUCGUGAUUCGGAAUCACAUAAGCGUAACAGUCGAGAGCGUAUCCACUCACGUGAUAAAGAUGAUCACAGCAAUCGUUCAUGUAAACCUUUUACGAAAUCUGCUGCUGAUUACAGAGUAGUUGAUGAAAGGUGUCGGAGUGUAAGAAACCGUCGCUGUCGUGACUUUGAAGAGCGUGGUUUUUGUGUAUAUGGAGACAGAUGUCAGUAUGAUCACGGCCCGAAUGCCCUGGUAAUUUCCUCUGCUAAAUCCGCUGUGUCUGCCAUCGCUCAUCUUACAAACCCUUUGUUAGAUACUAAUACACUAUCAAAUAAUACUGGGGAUUCAUCAGUGAAUAUUGGAAGAGAGGCAUCUAAAUCCAGUACACUUCAGCCACAGUCUUUUGUAGCAGCUGUUAUAUCUGGACAGACUGACCUUAGCGAUUUAAAUCAACAUAUUGGUACUUCUCUUAUUCCUGUUUACCACCCGACUCCAAUUAAUCAACCAGAUAACCAAAUGCUAAUGACCUAUGGUGUUGAUCAGUCAGCUAAUACCGGAUUACUUCCCCAGAUUCAUAACUCUUCUGUUUUGUACAACAAAUCAAACUGGAAACAUCCCCGUCUACAAAAUAACGUACAACAACGUCCUAAUAAUUUUCGCGUAUUUAACAACGUCAAUACCAUUAGUCGAAAUAUAGUUCCUUUGCCGAUGAUUGAAAACACCAACAGUAAAGAUCAAUCUGAAGUCAAUGCAGCUCCCCCUGCUUACGAACCAGAUCGACCACAUUUAUCCAUGAUUUCUACGUCCGAGCCCAAUAUUCCUCAGCCUUGCGAUAUUUCGGAUGUAGAAAAUAAUGCCUCUACCCCACCAUUGUCAUAUAAACCUAGCCCUAUCACUGAACAAAUCAGCUCAUAUGCUGUGGUUCCAAAAGCAUCAGGAGUUACAGAUCUUUCAUUGGACAUCACUUCUCGAGCUAUUGAUCCUCGUACUACUCUGUAUAUCGAUCGUCUUCCAUGGAAACUUAAUGAUGCAGAUAAGAUUCGUGAACAUUUUGCUCAGUUUGGUCAUGUCAUAAAUGUCAUUGCUAGAUACAAAGGAAUGGUAGGCGCCGCACUGGUUCAGUUUUCUUCAUCUGAUGAAGCCGAAAAAGCCUAUCGAAGCCCCAUCCCUAUGUUUUCUAAUAGGUUCAUUCGAAUCUAUACCCGUUUUCCAGAAAACUUCAAGCAUAAUGCACGAAAUAUGACUGGUCGUUUCUGUCGUCCAAAGAGCAUACUGGAUCGUUUAGGAACACGACCUAUUCCUGGAAAUAAUAAGAUUAAUUCAUAUUCAUGGAUGAGUAUGACCAAUGAUUGUAUAGAAAAUCAAGUUCCUGAUAGCAUUCAUCCUGAUGACACGCUCCAAAAAGGUAGCAGAUCUCGUUGGCGUUUAGAACGCAAUCCAACUAGUGGGGAUGCAUUGUUAUCUGGUGAUGAAGAAGACGACCUAAUAGAUGAAAAUCUGACUAUCGAUGAUCAUGAACGAAAUUCCUCCACUUUGGUCAGAGAAAGUAGUAAAGCUGUAACUCAAAGAAUCGAUAAAGUAGUGGAUAGCUAUACUAAUCUCAAUGUUGAUCAAGAGUCCUUAUUGUAUACUUGUAAUCCUGAUGCAGGAAGACACUUCCAUAAUAAUAGUAAUAGUAUAAAUGCCACUUCAAGUCCUUACACUUUGUCGCAUAAACAAGAGGCUGAGGCAAUCCUAUGGGAGCGACGUAAAAUGGCCGCUUUAAAACAACGUAAAGAACAACUUAUGCUUUUAGACAAGUCUCGCGAAGCUCGAGAAUCAAUGAUUGAGGCUCGAAGACAACGAAUUACCAAAUUGAAAUUACUUCUUAAGCGAACAAUGAGUCAAUUAGAAAAUAAUCGUACCAAUGAAACAGACAAUAGUACAGAUUCAAAACCAUUGACAUUAGAUGAAAGACGAAAAUUACUUACUGAAGCCAAACGACUACAAACUGAGCUUGAAUCUACUUUAGAAGCUGAAAAGAAAGAUUUAGACAGUCGAAGUUUAAAUCGAGAAACAAACAGUAAAAAAAUGUUCAUUUCAAAACCAUUAGGAAGUACAACAAUUAGUGCAGCUGCAUUACAAGCUUUGCCUAGUCCAAUUCGAUUAGAAAGACAAAAACAAAUUUCCGAAAUUCAAAUUGAAAUCGAUAAGUUGGAAGCAAAUCUACGUGAUUCACCACAAGAUGAUGUUAAAUUAAAAGAAGGUCGUCGAAGAAUAGUAGAACUUAAACGCCAGCUUGUCGAUUUGGAGACAGUUCGGCCUUCAGAUAUGUUUUCAUCUCAAAAUUUAAGCGGUUGUACUCUCGGUGACAAUUCCACAUACCCAAAUAGAACUCAAACAAAGCUUGAUAAGCGACCUAGAACUUUGUAUAUUACAGGCAUUGAGCCAGAUGAUGUGGAGAACUUUCACAAUGCCCUCUCACAGAUAGAAUGUACUGUGCUGAAUUGCCAUCAGGCGACUGAAUUUACAAGCUGCAGUGUUAGUAAAAGCUUUAUUUCUCCUUGUUGUUGUUUACUGUCAUUUCUGUAAAUCACUAAGCAACUUUGGAUUUUCCCGACUUUUUCAUUAUACUUUAAGCUGAAUUAUCUGCAUACCCAAUCUUGUACAAAACAAACUAACCCUGAAACUAAUCAAUUAGUGCUGGAAGUAACAUUUUGCACUCGUGAUUUCGCUGAGGCAGCUAUUCGUCAGUUUACCCAGUUUCAUGGACGCGAUUUGCAAAUGAGUUUUGUUUAUCCAGCAUUAUCCGAAACAAAAGCUGGAAGUUUUACUGAUGAUGAUGUAAAACAUGUUUCAUCUACACAAACUGAAACUUCAGAUCAUUUGCAAGCUGUCACAUCUUCAGAGUCUGUAGAUUAUUCUGCUCAUUCCAGCCCUACGUCUACUACUACUGCUCUGAAUACCAUGUCCUAAUGGCAUCCAUCUCCUUAUUCAAAUACCGCUAAAGUGAUUUGUGUAGAAAAAAUUGAGGUUCCUUAUACAAUAUUUUCCAAAAAUAACAUUUUCCUUUGAUAAAAAUAUAUUUUAUUUAAAGCUUUUCUACUUUAAGUCGUUUGACAUUGUUUGUCUAUGUACACAUCAGUUGUUUUUUAAUAAUGAAUCAAA